CUCACUGGAGUGACUGGGACUGUUAGGUAACAGCAAUAAUUACACAUUUACAAAAUGGAAUCAACUCUUAGCUUAAACAUGGAGGAACCAGUUAAAAGGAAGCGAGUGAAUAAAUAUAAAAUAAUCUCUGGGGUUCUCCUUGUUGCAUUGGUGGCUAUGUCACUUGGAUUAGGACUUGGCCUAGGAUUAAAAAAGGAAAAGAAACAACCUGAGAGACCAUCACUGUCAUGCAGACAAAGAUGCUACAAUACAGAAAAUGUAAGGGAAGAUGACUGUCGCUGUGAUUCCCAGUGUACACAACAAGGAAACUGCUGUAUUGACUUUGAUGAUCUGUGCAAUAAACCAAAGGAGGAAUGGACAUGUAGCAAGGUGCGAUGUGGAGAGACUCGGAUUGAAGGCAGUCAUUGUUCAUGCUCAGAUGAUUGCCUGACAAAAGGGGAUUGUUGUACCAAUUACCAUGGUAUUUGCAAAGGAGAAACUCUCUGGGCAGAUGACACUGAAUGCGCCAGUAGUGCAACUCAAAGGUGUCCUGCAGGCUUUGAUCUACCCCCUGUUAUCCUUUUCUCAUUGGAUGGAUUCCGAGCUAAUUAUUUAGAUGUAUAUGCUGACUUGAUGCCAAAUAUUAAAAAACUGAGAGAUUGUGGAACACACUCUAAGUACAUGAGGUCGGUGUACCCUACAAAGACAUUCCCCAACCACUACACAAUAGUCACUGGGUUGUUUCCAGAGUCAAAUGGCAUUAUCGAUAACAACAUGUAUGAUUUUAACAUGAAUAAGAUGUUUUCUUUGUCUGGAAAUGAGAAAUUUAAUAGCUCAUGGUGGGAAGGACAACCGAUUUGGUUGACAGCUAUGUACCAAGGAUUAAAAGCUGGCACUUUUUUUUGGCCUGGAUCAGACGUUCCUAUAAACGGUUCUUACCCUACUAAUUAUGAACUGUACAAUGGGUCUGUUACCUAUGAAGAAAGAAUAACUUCUAUACUCCACUGGCUAGACCUUCCAAAAAAUAAAAGGCCAGACUUCUAUACUUUGUAUAUUGAGGAGCCGGACUCUUCAGGGCAUUCUUUUGGUCCAGUGAGUGGAGGGGUGAUUCUUGCUUUGUUACGCGCUGACAAGACAGUGGGGAUGCUAAUGGAUGGACUAAAGCAGAGGAAUUUACAUAAUUGCGUCAACAUGGUUUUGGUUGCUGACCACGGAAUGGAGAAAACCUAUUGUGAACAGCUAGAGUACAUGACAGAUUACUUUCAAUCAAUAUCUUUCUUUUGGCUGUAUGAUGGGCCAGCAGCUCGCAUGCGAGCAUAUAGGGUCCCACAGGACUACUUAACAUUUGAUUCUGAAGGAAUUGUAAAGAACCUUACCUGCCGAAAAUCGGAACAGCAUUUUAGGCCUUACAUGAAGCAAGACCUACCCAAACGAUUCCACUAUGCCAACCAUAUACGGAUUGACAAAGUUCAUCUCUAUGUGGACAGACAAUGGCUUGUUGUGAGGGACCCCAGCUAUACUUUCUGUGGAGGAGGGAACCAUGGAUACGACAAUGAGUUCAAGAGCAUGGAGGCAAUCUUUGUAGGGCACGGUCCAGGAUUUAAACAGAAAGUGGAAGUGGAAGCUUUUGAUAAUAUAGAACUUUAUAAUUUGAUGUGUGAUCUCUUAAAAAUCCACCCAGCUCCUAACAAUGGGACCCAUGGCAGCUUAAACCAUUUACUAACAGAACCAAUUUAUAAUCCAACUCAUGUGCCAGAAAAAUCAACCCCUUCAACAUGUACCUUUGCUCAGCCAUCUUCCAAUUUAAAUUGUUCAUGCAAUCUGGUUAAUGAAGCAGACGUAAAUGCAAGGUUAAAUCUUGAUCAGAACAGCAAAACCGAAUCAGAGGAGAAGAAUUUGCCAUAUGGCAGACCCAGGAAUGUAUAUGACAACAGUACAUACUGCCUCCUUCAUCAGCAAGGAUAUGUGAGUGGAUACAGCCAUGAUAUCUUGAUGCCACUUUGGACGGCCUAUACGGUGGAAGCAAAGGGUGAAGGCUCUACUCUACCUCCUACAGUAGCAGACUGUCUGCGGCCUGACGGUAGAGUCCCAGAGGCAAGCAGCCAGAAAUGCUCAGACUACAAGCUUGGGAUGAACAUUACCCACAGCUUCCUCCAUCCUCCCAACUUUAACAGCAGUGAACUUGAACAAUAUGACUCUCUUAUCACAAGUAACCUUGUUCCCAUGUACAAAGAAUUCUUCAGAAUUUGGAACUACUUGCACAAUGUUUUAAUGCUGAAAUAUGCUAAUGAAAGAAAUGGCCUGAAUGUUAUUAGUGGGCCAAUAUUUGAUUACAACUAUGAUGGACAUAUUGACGCAGCUAACCAAAUCCAAAAUUAUUUAGAAGACACAAAGAUUCCCAUCCCUACUCAUUACUUCAUCGUACUCACCAGCUGCAAGAAUACCACUCAUACUCCAAUCAGCUGCAGUGGAAAUCUUAAAGUUUUAUCCUUCAUCAUUCCUCACAGGCUAGACAACAGUGAAAGCUGUGCAGACAAUAAGCCAGAAGAACAAUGGGUUGAAGAAAGGCUGAAAGUUCAUACAGCUCGUGUCCGUGAUGUAGAAUUGCUCACAGGCCUGGACUUUUAUCAAGGGAGAAAUCAGCCCAUUACAGACCUCUUACAACUCAAGACAUUCUUACCAACAUUUGAGACUAUUGUAAACUGAUUGCACUGUAUUAUGGAUGAAUACAUGUAUAAAUCAAAUCUGUCACUUCAAAAGAUCCUGCAUGCAAUUUGUUGCAUGGCAUUUGGUGCUAAAAAAUUAAACAAUAUACAGCUAAAACAGUGGAGCUUAUGCUAAGCAAAUAAGCCAGA